AUGGCAGCUACGGUCGGUGACCCGCCGCAAGUGCAGGACCUCCACCCGGGCCUGAUCGCAUUUGUGACGGAGAACCCAACCCCCGAUAUCAGUCUCGCUGUACGACAGUUGCAGGGCUCGCAGGGACACGUGCUAGCUAUCUCGCCGCCGCGGACUCAGCAUGCCGUGCUCUCCGUGGGCGCGAAUUGGGCCAACCUGACACGUGCAGAGGAGGCCACCGAGCACUGGGCGCGCCUAGCAGCCCGGCACGGAACGUCGUCUGACUCCACAGUCCAGCGCAAUAUCCGCCGCUGGCUGAUACUGCGCGAGGUGAUCCGCGAGAGGCCGGAUAUUCGUCCAGACACCGCGCUCGUCCUCGUCGAACGCAACGUGCUGCUCUUCCAGGACAUCAAGCGCUGGCUGCACGUCGUGCGGAGCAGUCCGUCGCACGGCGCGAGUGUCGCGGCCCUCGCGGGUCGUGCAGUCCUAAUCCUAUCUCCCGAGGCGCUGGCUCGCUUCGCCACCUACCUGAGGUGGCUCACUGCCGGUCCAACCUCGCGGCUCGCGGCAGAGCUUGAUCGCUUCGGUGUGCCCGCUGCGCAGCGCAGCGAGGCUGCGCGGCCACAGCUCGCGGUGGGGAGCCGUCAUGCGCUGCUGCACCGUCGCUGCACCAAUCGGUCAGCCGCGCGGGCCAACUGCACCUUUCUGCGUGCGCCUCACCGCAGAGCUUUGCCCGCGGAUCUCCCCACGGCCACGGCUCUCCCCAUGUGGGCGGAGUUUGACGCGGUGCGAGCCUUUUGCAAGCGCUCCAAGGAGAGCUCUCUGGCGUACAGUCUUCUCCCGAUCCGCUGCUCCCUCUGUCGGUCUGAGGCCGACCCCUUCACCGGCAACUGCGCAAGCUCGGACUACCGAGAAGACCACCGUGCCCACCUGGAGCAGGCGUACGAACAGCAGCCCGCCGGCCCGUGCUCGACGGAGUACCGCACCGACCCCGAAGGGACUGUCGCGUACCGCAUGGAUAGCGUGCCGUGGGGCAGGAGCAACGCGGAAAGCGUGCAGGCGCUCAAGCCCGCGCCAUCGCUGGCUGGGACGGACGCUGGGCGAUGGCUCGCAUCACUGAGGCUGCGGGGCACUUCUUGGCUAGUUCGAAGCUCCAGCGGGCAUCUGCACCGCUUGUGCCUUGCCAACCUCAGAGGACCCGCCGCCGUCACGGCGCCGUACAUGGGCCUGUUGGUGUCCGGACGCAGGCAACCCUCGCCGCGGGGCGGCGCGGCGUUGCAAAUUUCCGACGGUAGCGAGGCGGGCGGCAACAAGAGCAGGGGCAGCGUGGGCGACGGCGGCGGCGAGAGCGGCAACUUCCUCGUCCUCACCUAUGGCCGAGCCGGCUCGACCUGGUUCAUGGAGCAGCUGGCUCGGUACAACUGCGUCGCUACCGUCACCGCCGAGCCGCUGACGGUCCUGCAGGGUUGGAUUCCCACAAAAGUGGCGCCGAUGACGCUGUGGCAAAACUGGACGCACAGCCAGAGCGCCGAGCGCGUGCUGCACGACCUCGACAGUGCCUUUUCCACGGCGCCCUGGGAGCUGCACCGGGACGGGGCAUGCCGCAAGCCGCCCUGCCGCAUACCACCGCCGCGGAAGCUUUGCAGCGGAGAGCCAUCAUGCUGUUCGCGCGCGUCCCGCGGAAUGAAGGUGAUGCUGCCGCUCUUGCCUCCCAGGGGUGGCGCCGAUGCGCUCCUGUCCGCCGCGGUCGAGCGGCGGUGGCAGGUGCUGCACUUGAUCCGCGCGUCCGUCAUCCGGCGCGCAAUCUCGGUGCAGCGGAUGCAAAUCACGGGCGUGCACCACACAAAGGCGCAGAAAGAGAGCGCCGCGGGCACGGGCAAGAUCGACCGCAUCCAGGUAUCGCCGGAGGCGCUCGCGGGCCUGACAAUGGACUACGUCGCCAUGAUCACGCGGCACCGGAGGGCCAUUCGCGACGCUAUUCCCGAGGCGCGCACCCUCGAGCUCUUCUACGAGGACGUGCUGAUGCAACGGCCUGGGAACCGGUGGCGAGACAUCCUUGACUUUCUCGCCUUUGCCCCUCGGCAGCCGACCGCCCACCAAGCGCGUGAGUUGCUCCAGAUCUCGCCCACCACCCUCGUCGCGUGCGAGCGCCUCGUCGAGCAGUACGACGUGCUCGAGCGGCUACUGCGAGAGCAGCUGCGCUCGCUCAAGGACGACCAGCAGGCGAUCCUCACCUACGCCUUGAGCGAGUGCAGACGGCCAAGCGGCACGCCACCGGUCAGGCGGUACCUGCGCAGAUGA